GGCUUGUAUGAGAACAAGGAGAGUUCCUAAGGAGAUAGCAAAAAUAACUUCUUCUAUGUGUGUGCACCAGAGCUAGGAAGUUGUGUCUUGCAAAUUAUCUAAAUACAAGAGGGUGUUCUCUAUUUUCUUGUGAGAGAACCAAGGGUGUAUUUGGGGUUUGGGCUUGUGUGAGAGUGUCUUCAAGUCAUUAUUGUAAUCUCCACAAUUAUAGUGAAAAUUUAUUCUGUCGCCUCCCGUGGACGUAAGCAUAUUACCGAACCACAUAAAUUCCCUGUGUCAUAUUAUCUUCUCUCUCUCUUCUUUAAUCUUGUGUAAACAGAUUUAUUUCACCCAAUUUUCACAACACAGUGCAUGCCCAUUUGGUCAUUUGGGUACGAGAUAGUUUCCACCUAAAUCAUCGUUGAACAACAAAGAUUUGAACCAAUAAUCAUAUUUCUUAUUUUCUUACAUUAACAACAUUGUAUUAGCACAAAGAGUUAUCACCUUGACAUUGACAAUGUCUCUUAUCCAACAAUGCGGAAAAUAAGGUUUACGUUUUCAAAGGUCUGUAGCUCUCUCUGCGCUGUAUCUAUCCAUAAAAAGCUCUCUUUCACACAUUCACUAUAGUAAUAUAUAUACACUAUCUUCUGAGACACAACAGAAUCAGUUACGUACCGAGUUCCACAGCCAUGGACGAGUCGAAAAGGCCCGACUCAGCUACCCUACCCAGACCCUCAAGCGCCGCUAUUACCAAACAAAAAAGCUCAUGGCCCUUUACUCUUUUUGUCACAGUAUUGGUCCCCGUUGUAGCUGUGACAAUGCUCUACCAACUAGACUCGUUCGACCCGGCUCCUCUGCCACCUUCCGAGUUGAAUAGUCACGUCAUAACCGUGCCAACACGUAGCGACCAAAUGCUCCGAGUGUCUGAGUUUGUGGGUCUGGGGAAUUUGAUAGGCCCAGAAGAUAUGGCGUAUGAUGCCAAGUCAGGAGUCAUCUACACUGGCUGUCAUGACGGGUGGAUCAGCCGAGUCACUGUAAACGACUCGGCGGCUGACUCGGUUGUGGAGAAAUGGGUCAACACCGGUGGGAGACCCUUGGGAAUCGCUUUUGGUCACAACAAUGAACUUAUCGUUGCUGAUCCUGAAAAGGGCCUCUUAAAUGUGACAGCAGAUGGUGUGGUGGAGCUGUUGACAGAUGAGGCUGAGGGACAAAAAUUCAAAACGACAGACGCUGUGGAUGUAGCACACAAUGGCAUAAUUUAUUUUUCAGAUGCUUCACAUAAAUAUCGUUUAAGUAAGUUCAUUUAUGACAUCUUGGAGGGUAGGCCCAAUGGCAGACUUUUGAGUUAUGAUCCAGCAACCAAAACCACCAAGGUUCUGGUCCGUGACCUCUACUUUGCUAAUGGUGUAAUGGUCACACCUGAUCAGAAUUAUGUGAUCUUUUGCGAAACUCCAGCGAGAAGAUGUAGAAAAUAUCACAUACAAGGCAAGGACAAAGGAAAAGUAGAAAAGUUUAUUGAAUAUCUGCCAGGCAUGCCUGAUAACAUCCGAUAUGAUGGAGACGGCCAAUAUUGGAUUGGAUUGUCGGCGGUAACUUCUUUGCUUUUUUUCAAAAAUUGGUCACGUUCAGCUCUAUGGGAUAUAGCAUUCAGACACCCUUUCAUCCGAAAGAUUCUAAUAAUCAUGGAGAAGUACAAUAGAAGACCACGAAUGGAGAAGGAUAGUGGGGUUAUGGUCAUUGAUUUGGCAGGAAAUCCCAUUGCCCAUUACCAUGAUCCUGAAUUGUCACUGAUAUCAAGUGGGAUGAAGAUAGGAAAUUAUUUGUACUGUGGUUCAGUUUAUUAUCCCUACAUUCUUCGCCUCAACCUGAAGCAAUAUCCUGAACGAGGCACCGAAUGAGCCUGAUAUCCAUGAGAGAAUAAGACCAGUGUGCUUCUUGUUGUUGCACUCUUGAUGGUACCUCUAAAAUAACUGGGAUGCAAUGGCUUGGAUAAACUAAAACUCUACAUGGUUCUCGCUCUCUGUGUUACUGAGAAUUUGUAUGGGUGAGACUUGAGAGCCAUGUGAGUGUUUGGCAUUUUUGUAAGAAUUAUACUAUCGUCGUAUCUUAAAUUGUUUGGUCUAUAUUUCAUUUUGAUAUGUCCCAAAAUUAAGUUAUUUUUGUAAAGUCAAUCCUCACUAUUUUAUUAACAUUCCUAUUAUGCA